AUGGUUGAUGCUACCCCGGAUAUGUCACAUACUGAACAAAGUACAUUCAUCCUGAGAUACCUAACUUGUGAUGAAUGUGGUAAAUACCUGAUACAAGAGAGAUUUCUUUCAUUUAUUGAUGACAGUAAGAAGACAGGGGCAGACAUUUCAGAGAUGAUAUUAAAAUUUCUUAGUGAUUCUCAUAUUCCUUUUGAAGAUUGCAGAGGUCAGGGAUACGACAAUGGUAGUAAUAUGUCAGAAAUAUCCCAACUGAAGAGUUUAACAGCUAAAACUAAAGUAGAUGUGGCAGCCGCUAUUAAGUAUGUGUCUUCUUUUGAAUGUAUUUUGAUGGCUGCUUUUUGGUUCAAGUUAUUGAAUUCAAUAGAUCAGAGAAAUCAGGUGAUUCAAGCUCAGUCUUCUACUGUAGAUAUUGAAGUAAAAAACAUAGAGGACUUGGAAACUGAAUUGCCGUCUCUCAAAAAGAAGUGGCAUUUAAUUUCUGAUGAAGCCAAAGCUGUUGCAGUUGCCAUGAACAUUGACCCAGUAUUUCGAGUCACUCGGAAAGGAAAAAGAAAAUCCUUUUUUGAUGACUCCGACUCUGAUGAUGAUAAGGUAUCAGGUGAAGAUUCACUUAUACAGACAGACGAACAUAGGUUUAAGAAAGAAGUGUUUUUUAAGGUUAUUGACACAGUAUGUUGA